UCUUGGACUUAUUAUUUUCUCUUUCACAAGUUACAACGUUCCUACUCAAAGUAAACGAAUAUAUAUUAAUGUAGGUAAAAAAUUGAUAGGGAGGAAGAUGUAAAUGCCGAAAUGAUACGGAAAUCAUUAAAAUUCAGCGAUAGUUACUCUUUUGCAAAUUGGAUUUUAACCUGUUUGGAUAGUUUUUCUACUUACCUGUAUUGCGUUACCUAAACCAGUGUAAUAUUAAUCGGUGAUAAGUUUUAAACGAACCAGACACUCCUCCAUUCAUCAAAAUUUGACAUUUGAUUACAGAAGGAUUUAUGUUUAAGUAGAUCCAGCAUGAUAUAUACAUAUAUAUACAUAUAAUAUUUUAUUUUCACUCAACUCCCGCUGUUCUGUUCAGUUGGUAAUUUCCUACCCUGCUGGAAACCAUUUAAUAUUCAAUUCUACAUUUAUCCAAACUUAUUGAAUUUUUGUGUAAUUAGUAUCGAUUACGAUGAGUAAAAAACUUUAGAAAUUAACUAAAUAAAUCCAAUAAUAAUAAUUUUCUUUAAUUUAUUCCAAGUCUUCUUUAUGAAAAAUUUAUUUUCUAGUCUUUUCUGAAUUUAAAUAUAACAAAACUGGUUCCUUUUUUAAAAUAUUCUACAAGUGUUUUAUUCAUUCAAGAACAUAAUUUAUCCACCUACAUCGUUGUAUCUUUGAUAAAUCUUUGGCUUCUUGACAAAAUCACCUAGUAACUUCAUUUUCUAUCCUCAAGAUGACAUUGUAUGUCCUACUCUAAUUAGUAACCCUAUAUAUCUUAUAGAAGGUCACUAGGUGAAACAGCAGUUUAUUAAACAAUUAAUACUUAUUACUACUAAUUAUUAUAUGAAUUACUAAUUUAUACGAAAUAUUACAAGUUUCUAAGAAUAAAUUUAAGCUAGAAAUCUCGAAUAUAAAGGUGUAACCGAGGGUAUUAAUACUUGAAAUUUUCGUGGAGAAAGUCUUUCACAAUCGAAUUUUAAAACAAAGAAUAAGGGAAAAAACUGAAUUUAUUUUUAUAAAAAUUCAAAUUUUAUUGGAUUAAUAUCAUUGGAGCUUCGAUAAGUGUCGUCAUUCAGGUACGAGUGCAAUCAGCGUGCUUGAAUGAAACUCAAACCACGUGACUGGAAGAAUGGAACCUACACAUUCAUAAUGCUCUAUAUAAUAGCUGCUGAAGGAUAGCCUGACAUACACCGAAAAUGCUGGCCAUUUAUUUUAAGGAGUUUCACGAUCAUUUCGGCGCAAAAACUGAUGAUCCAAGAUAUCGUCCACCAGAUCCAUGGUUUACUGACAGUGGUAGCAGCGCUAGUUCGACUCCCACUGAUGAUGGUCCCUUUCUUCAGUGUGCUUUGUGCCACGAUCGCUAUAAUAAACCUAAGGUUUUGCCAUGUCUCCACACUUUCUGUCAAGGUUGUCUAUUGCAACAAACACCUAAAGAUAGUUUAACACUAACUUGUCCCAUAUGUCGUCAUCAGUCUAUUCUUCCACGCAAUGGAGUAUUUGGCUUACAGGAUAAUGUUAUUGUAUCCAAUUUUGUUAAUUUAUUAGAGAUGCCGAAAACGGAAGAACUUCACCCCAUAGUUCGAGUUAAAAAUUAUUCUGAAAAGAAAACCAUUGAAUUACCCCCUAUCGAAGAGAGCGCAGUUGAACAGAAAAGUCAUCUUAAAAAUCUUCUAACGAAGGUCUCUUUGCGAAUACCAAUCCUAAAAGAGGAUAUUCAGAAUAUUUCAUUAGUUGUAAGUCAAUUAAAAGAGAAUCAUCUUGAAACUAAAUCUAAAAUGUUGCAUUGUCUGGAAGAUCUAGAAAAUACUCUAAAAGAAAGAAAAAUUGAAUUGGUUGAAGAAUUAGAUCGUGUUCAUCAAGAGAAGUUUAAAGUUCUACAAGAACAAAAACAUGUUUUAGAAAUGUGCCUUUUAAAUCUUGAAGACCAUUGUCAGUAUACCGAAGAUGUCUUGAACAGAGGAAGCGAUGAAGAAUUAAAUAUUCUUUAUUACGAUUUGGCAGAAAAAUUAGAAGAUUUCGUAGCUACAAAUUUACAAAAUGAGCCCAAGGAAAAUGUCUUUUUGGUUUGCGAUAAUAAUGGCAUCGAAGAAGUAGAAAAUAAAUUGAAAAGCUUAGAAGUAGUGAAAACAUGUAAAGCCUCACCUAGUGAGUCAUCUCUAAAAGCUGAGCAAUCCAUGGAAUGCAAAAUGGGAGAUUCUCUAUCGUGGACUUUAAUCAUAAGAGAUGGAAAUGGUUCACCGAUGAUAGUCGAAGAUUCAGCUAAAAAAAUUGUCUUGACUAAUUCUGAUCAAGAAGAAUUUGAAGUGAAAAUUAUAGAAAAUGAAAAUAAAAGUUAUACCAUCAAUUGGACUGCAAUCCCGAAAGGGACAUACACAUUAAUAACUAAACUCUAUGGUCAGCAUGUUACAGGCAGUCCACAAUUAAUUACGUGUAAAGGAAUGGAAAAAGAACCACAAAACGAUACAAAAAGAGAAAAAUGCAAGAUAAUGACGGAGGAAGAUGCCAAUCUUUAUGAUCAUCGUGUCGUAGAAAGUUCACAAUUGAUCCCUGUUUCAGAUAUAAAAGAAGAAGAACAAAACUACGAUGAAGUUAGUUCAUGUGAACAUUUUGAUGGUCAGGUAGAUAAUGAUCUUUUAAUGAAAAUUGGAAGAAGAGGGCGGUCCAAAGGGGAGUUUACUAAUCUGCAAGGUGUUUGUUGCACCAAAGAGGGAAGGAUCAUUGCUUCCGAUAGCAAUAAUCAAUGCGUCCAGGUGUUUGAUAAAAAUGGUAAAUUUCUAAUCAGAUUUGGUGGGAGAGGUCGUGGUCCAGGUCAAAUGCAAAGACCAACUGGAAUUACCAUUUCUCCAAAUGGCAAUUAUUUAGUUGCUGAUUAUGAACUUAGAGUCGUUAACGUUUUCAAACCGGAAGGACAAUAUUGCAGACGUUUCGGAAGUGGAAAACUAUUGGGUCCUAGAGGAUUGCUCUUUACUAAAGAUGGGAAACUACUCGUAGUAGACAGUAAAGCUAAUUGUAUUUAUGUUAUGCAGGAUAGUAAGAUUUUAGGAAAAAUUGGGUCACCCGGCAGCGGUAAAGGCAGAUUUUCCGGUCCUCAUUAUAUUGCAUUAGAUAGUCUCAAUCGCGUGAUUGUUACCGAUUUCCAUAAUCAUAGCGUUCAUAUAUAUACAUUGGACGGAAAUCACGUGACAACUUUCGGUUCAAAAGGAGAAGGAAAUGGCCAGUUUAACGCUCCAACAGGAAUUGCUGUAGAUUCUCAAGAUAAUAUUAUAGUUGCAGAUUGGGGAAACAAUAGAGUACAGAUUUUCGAUAGCAAUGGAUCGUUUCUCUCGUUCAUUAAUACCAGCACCGAUCCAUUGUAUGGUCCUCAAGAUUUAGCAUUGACUCCUGAAGGGUAUAUCAUAGUAGCUGAUUCUGGUAGCUACUGUUUAAAAAUCUACAAAUAUCUUCAAUAAAAUGUCUUGAAGAUUUUCAGUGAGAUUUUCGUCUGCUUUCGCCAGAAAUUUCAUCCCUUCUAAACAGACCCUAAGCUAGCGUGAAGCUUUAAUGUGAUCUCAGAAUCUCAUUUAUCAUUGAAAAAGCCAAGAUCUCCUAUUUAUUAUACACGCAUAAUUAUAAAAUUGAAGUUUCCUUUUUAUUUCUAGUCUUUAUUUUCUGUCUGUAAUCAUCGUAGUCUUUAUACUAUGACGUUAAUAACUUUUAUAAUUAACAUCGAUUAACAAGGAGAUAUUCAAAAAUUAACUUGAAUAUAGUCAUAUUAAUACAAAAAUUCUAAUUGAAUGUUUAAUAUAAUCAACAAAAAAUUUAAAAUUAAAGUAAUUCAACAGUGUAAUUGCCUUCUUAAGAUCUCUUUACGAAAAUCAUUAAGGAAAUUCUUAAUAAUUUUAGAAAAAAUGACAAGGAUAUUGUUAUAAAUGAAGGAAGAGUAAUGUUAACAGCUAAUAUAUUGUUAUAAAAAGUAUACCAAUUUUAUACAAGAGGUAAGAUUAUAAGAAUUAUAUAAUGAAGUUUAUUACAAGUUUUUUCUUCAGGGAAACAUUUCAGUAGUUCAUCCAAAAUUGGAAUUAUAUGAUAACUAUUUGCUCAAUUGAGUAAAUUAACACGCAUAAUGAUAAAAUUAAUACUAACUUUCGCAGCUAUGUAAUCAAUUCUAUUAAUUGUAACUUGAACGAUGACGUAUAUUUCUACGAAAUUACUUUUUAUAACAGUUAAGUUUAAUAGUAUUUUUCCUAUUAAUUCACGUUUCACUCCUAUUACAAGGCGUUGCAGAAAAUCGCCCUCUGAUAACGGCUCGAUUAAUAUACAGUUCCGGCAGUAGACUUGACACCCAACAUCGAAUAAACAUCCUCUAUAUUGUGAACAAUAAGCGUAAUUCAUAUUGUUCUCUUCUGAUUUAUCAGUUUAGAUCCUAUAUAACAUUACUAAAUUUCGUGUCUGUAAAAAUACCUAACUGUGCGUGACGUGUGUGGGUGUCAAUCGUCAUACUUACGUGAAAUCAACCCUGUCAUAAAUAGACUUUUUUUAAAUUUUAUUUUGGCUCCUCCCAUGCUUUUCUCGUGUUGCAUAUGAGAAAUACAUCAGUAUUAAUCUUUUAUAUAUACUAAAUUUUCAUAAAACUGAAGCCACAUUUAUCAUUAAGAGAGUGUCGUAUAGAAAUGGAAUUUAUUCAUAAUUAAAUAAGUUAUUUUUGGGAUAUCUCUUUAUAAUCUUCAGAUUUUAACAACAAUUUUUAUAUUAUACUAAAGAAUAUAUCGUGAAAUUAUAAAUAAAUGUAUAUUUGGAACCAUUUACAGUAUCAUUAAUUUUGUAUGACUUCUUAUAACAUCGAUUAAUACAAUUGGAUAUUGUGGAAUAAACGACUUUCUAAUAAAAUAAUAUAUUAACUGAAAUUAAAUAAAAUGUACUCGGAAA